CACACACGCACGCACGCACACACACACACUUCAGGGGAGCGACUCUCCUCCGCGAUGCCGGGAUGCAGAGCAGUGAAUAGCGGCGCUUUAACACACUCACUCAUGCAUACACUCUCACACUGAGCACUGAUGAUGGAAACAGUGUGUGAGUAAAUCAGAGAGCUAUACACAGCACGGAGGAGAUUUAAACCGCUCUAAGAUCUGGAGAAGAGAGAAACAGCCUGGAUGCUAACGGCCUCGGCUGGAGAGGCUAACACGCAGCUGCUAGCGCACUUGCCUAGCCUAGCCUUGCCUAGCUUAGAUUCUCCUGGAGCCGCUGUUGGAUUUCCCCAGACCGCUUCUGGCUGCCUCUCACUGUGGAGUUAAAAACUUCUCAUUGACAAUAUUGUGAAGGAUCACAUUCCGGAUUUCUUUCACUUGGUGUUCCCUGUAACUGCUGACCUCUCACCGCCUCUUCUCUGCGCCACUGGCCCUUCAGUUGGGCCAGAACCAUGUGAAGCUUUUCUUAUGCAGCUCCUGAGUGGACUGUAAGACUAUUGCAGUAAUACCCCCAAGUUCUGGGGGGACAUCUUUAACAUUGUCCCCAUUCCCAGUCCUACACUUAAAGGCCACAGCCUUUUUCCUUAAACCCUCACCUCGAGAGGACUCCGUUAGGGUUCGCCAUGAUGUUCCGGGACCAGGUGGGGAUUUUGACGGACUGGUUUAAGGGCUGGAACGAAUGCGAGCAGACGGUGGCGCUGUUGUCGCUGCUCAAGAGGGUUUCGAGGACCCAAGCGCGAUUCCUCCACAUCUGCCUGGAGCACUGGCUGGCCGACUGCACUGAGAUACACUUACUGGAGGCUGAGGCCAACAAUGCAGCCAUAGUGAGCCAGUGGCAGCAGGAGCCCAAAGAGAAGGCCGUGUCACUGCUGCUCUCACAUCUCCCCCUGUUGCAGCCACGUAACAGUGAGGCCAAGUGUGAGUACAUGAAGCUGCUACAGCAGGUGCUGAGCCACACCAUCGAGAGCAGCAUGUUUGUGGAGGAGAGCCGGCAAUUGCUUUCCUAUGCCCUCAUCCACCCGGCCACCACUCUUGAUGAUCGCACCACUCUCGCGCUGUGGCUCAACCACCUUGAGGAGCACCUGUCAGCUCGACCACCGCCUGGACCAUACCACCACCAUCAUGCUCGACAGGGCUCGGACGAAUGGACGGGUCCGACCGAGUCCUUGGAGGUGGCACAUGCAUGGCAUGAUAAACCGCCGUCCACAUGUAGCUCGCCUGCCGGCCAGAACGGGCACAUGGCCUUUCCCAGUGCAGGUGGAGUGCCUUCACCCAUCAACAGUGCAGGCCUUUCUGGUCAGGUACAGUCGAGCUCAGUGCCUCGUUCGAUGUCUCUUGUUCCUGCCAACCAGCCAGGCUGCAGCUCUGAUUGGCUGGGCCAGGAUGAAGUGGGUGGGCGCCAGGGUGCAACAGGGGCGGAGCAUGCACCACUGUCUCCUCAGGGCAGUGUUGCUUCGUCAGGCAGCGAGCAGACGGAGGAUCAAUCCAACACACGGAACACAUUCCAGGAGGAUGGCAGCGGCAUGAAAGACGUGCCGACGUGGCUAAAAAGUCUCCGUCUGCACAAGUAUGCAUCCCUUUUCUCCCAGAUGAGUUAUGAGGAGAUGAUGAUCCUUACUGAACAGCAUCUGGAGUCACAGAACGUGACCAAAGGAGCUCGGCACAAGAUAGCGCUGAGCAUUCAGAAGCUGAGAGAGCGACAGAGCGUCCUCAAGUCUCUCGAAAAGGAUAUCCUCGAAGGCGGGAACGUCCGGAACGCCCUGCAAGAACUUCAGCAGAUCAUCAUCACGCCCAUCAAAGCCUACACCCCGCCCACUGCUGCCCAGAGAGAGCUGGAGCCUGGAGCCACAAACACUGACAAGGCAGCCAAUCCUGUAGAAGAGAAAGAUGCGGCUGUAGAGGGCUUUCAGAGCCACAAUCCUCCGCCCUGUGAUGGGGAGUCUUCGUCCACGCCCAUCUCAGAAGGAGACAUUCCUGGGCAGUUUACGCGGGUGAUGGGGAAAGUGUGUACGCAGCUGCUGGUGUCGCGGCCGGAUGAGGAGAACAUCAGCUGCUACCUGCAGCUCAUCGAGAAGUGUUCAAUACACGAGGCGUUCACGGAGACGCAGAAGAAGCGCUUGGCAUCUUGGAAGCAACAGGUGCUGAAGCUGCUCCGCCUUUUCCCACGGAAAGCCAUGCUGGACAUGCCCGUGUACCGACAGAAAGGGUGGGCGUAUGGUUCGAACUCUUUGCCUACAGCAGGCUCUGUGGGUGGAGGCGUGUCUCGGCGAGGACAGAGACAGUUUCCCCUGCCCCCUCGUGGAGCUCCGCUUCCCAACCGCAUGGGCCUCAUCACACACUCUCCACGACACACACUCGCCAACCAGCCGGCCCUCAGCACACAGGGCAGGCAGAACCUGUGGUUUGGGAAUCCUGGAGGGAGUAACAGCAUGCCGAGUCAGAGCCGGAGCUCCGUACAGAGAACACACUCUCUCCCUGUACACACAUCUCCACAAACCAUGCUCCUGUUUCAGCAAACAGAAUGCCCAGUUCCAGGGACUGACCUGGAGAUCAACCCCACGCUGGAGUCACUGUGCCUCAGUAUGACUGAACACGCCUUAGGAGAUGGAAUGGAUAGAACGUCAACAAUAUGAAAACAAACGCAACGGUGGGGAGGAAGAAAGGACAUUUUGCGAUCUCACACUUCACGCAUGUGCGGCCCGGAACGCGCGAUCCUCGCUUUUAAAAACAAAAAAACAACAGGAACGAAACAACAAUUCACUACAGAAGAAACAGUGAGAAAUUUAACCGUGUACAUGUGCUCUUGAUAUUUUUCUACUUUAUUAUACUAAGUUUAUUAUAAAUGGAAUACAAAUGACUAUUAUACGAGAGGAGGAGGAGGUGGCGUGCGUGCGUGCGGGACCGCUCGGCGUCUUACUCGCAUCCCGGAGGAAGGGAAGCGUCGCUGUCCGAGUCUCAGAUGAGCUCCUCAAACCUGGAUGAACUUUUUGUGCGUAACCGGUAAAGUGAAAGGGGCACGAUGGAGUGAGCUCGGCUCUCUGGGUUUGAGAGGAAUGAUUUGGUGCUGAUUUUAAGGGCUUUUGGCCUGUUCUGUCGUUCAUCCAGGAGUUGUACACACACACACGGUUGCUGAACCACCUGCAUGUUUAAGCUGCAUUCACAAGGACUUCUUGGUGUCUGUCUAAAAACCCGCACUGUUCAUUUAAAUGAGAACAGCGCUGAACGGGGGGGAAAGAGAGAGGAAAGAGCGUAUAGCGGACACACGCGUGCACGUCAGCCAACGGGACGAGACGACAUUAGCGACGCUUUGUUCACUAGGAAGUUGAAGUCUAAACAGUCCCUGUGAACGCGCGGCCUUAAUCUUCACAACGAACGCAGAUCAACGUUUCCUUCCUUUUAACCAGUCGCUGCCUUGUGAUGUCAUCAUCGUGCGCCUCAGACUCCUUGCCGACGAAGCGGUUUUGACUUCCAGGCUGUACGUUGGAACGUUCGUCGCUAGGGUUUAGCCACCAAAACGAAAAAAAAACAUAAAAAUGAAACGCUCGACCGGUUGCAAAUACUGAACUGUAGCUAGCUAACUAGCUAACAUAAAGUACUAACAAAAUACUAAACCUGAUCGCUUGGUGGGUUUCAUGUAAAUACAUUUCGAUAUUUAUUCAUAUUCCGCUUUAUUUAUGACACGAGACGAGAAAAACACGACGACCUUACUGAAGGAUGAUGGUGGUUUCCUCGGAAGGAGUCGACGGCGCACGCUGAUGACGUCAGAGAGUGGUUUAAACAAACACAGAUGGGGAAAAAAGAUGGAAAAAAGAAACAUAGAUGGAAAUCGCGUUCACACACACACACACACUUACUUCGUACCAACACGCUGCAUGAGAAGCUUCUGGGCACUUUGUGGAUUCCGUUGGCAGAUUUAUUUGUUUUAUUUUAUUCUGUUAAGAGCGACACAACACAAUUCUUCAGAUCAUCGAUGGUUUGUUGUUGGCUUUUAUUUUUUUUGGUGUGUGAUGACAAAUCUCCGGGGAGGGAGAGCGAUUUCAGUGACUUGUUUUUUUUUUGUUUUUUUUUUGUUUCUUUUUUUUUCUUCUUCUUUUUCCGGUCCUGAAGCACGACGAGUCGCACACAUGCCAUAUGUGGGCAUCUAAAAAGUCCCAGGAAGCGAGCACGGUAUAGAGUGUCGGACAUCGUGAAAGCUAUUUAGUACAAGACGGUCCCCGAAUUCAGCAAAAGGCUAGCUCGGCAAUCGAGCUCCGUGAUUGGCCGAUCGGAGUCAACUUAAGCGCCACGGGGGGGGGGGGGGGCGUUGGAGGGGUGUACAGUCAUGACUUAAAUCGUAGUGGAGAAUGUUCGCUAUGGAUACGUCGUCUUAAUCCGAGUUACGCACUUCAAAUAAACAUAAGGAAUAAAGAGUCGUGCAGUUGAGGGUUUGUUUUUUGUUUGUUUGUUUGUUCAAACAAUUGCAGACACGUUUCAGUUUUGGACGAACAUGUCCCUUUUAUAGACACCGUAUUUAUAAAUUGUUGGCACUUGCGUUUUUGAAAAAGAAAAGGGGAAAAAACGAAAUGAAUUAAUUGAUCACUACAGAUGCUACGCCAGAAUUUGUCCGACGUUUCUCGCUAAAUCUUAAGGCGAAAGAAAAGUUUGAAGUCUGUAUUUCUUGCAUUGAUGUGUUUACAAAGCAGAGAGACACUUAAAACUGAUCUUUACGAAGCAGCUGAUUGGAGGGUUUUUUUUGUUUGUUUUUUUUUUAAAUAUAAAAGGCGGAGCUGGACUCAUGCGUUCCUUUUUUCCUUUCUCAAGGGACGCGCCAAUCGAUCUCUCUCUCUCUCUCUCUCUCUCUCUCUCUCUCAACCCAGCCCUGGUUUUUAUUUUUUCCCUCCUCUUCAUCCUCCCUCCCUUACAGUCGAGAGAUUUUAUGACUCGCAACACAAAAAGGUGCUUUAUAUAUAAAUAUAUAUAAAUUUGUGUUUGUUUUGUUUUGGGUCUCCUGUAAUAUCCCCCGAUGGUACAGCCCGCUAGCGUGAUGAACUGUAAAAGUCUUAAAGGCCAUUAAAAAGAAAAGAGAAAACUCUGAGAGUAAAUGAGUGUGUACAGGUCUCAGAUUUGCUCUUUAUUUCCUUCAGAGCCUGAUCUGGUUUGUUUUUUUUUUUGUUUGUUGUUUUUUUGUUUUCUAGUAAAACUUCCAUGAAAUUUA